UUGCUAUCGAUUACUAUCGAAACGUAAAACAUCAUUUUAUUUAUUCUAUCGGGAUAGCGCCGCCACUAGUUUUGUAUUUUAGAUAUGGAAAACAGUUCUUAAUCCUGUUCGUAAUCUAACCUAUUUGGUUGGUGGAUGUUCAUAAGCUGAUUAAUUCCUGAUGUUAUGUUAUAGCCAUGUUCCAUCAGCUGAUCGGCAGUCUACGCCGCUCCUACGCAACUAAAAUGUGUGGGCACCAGGUGGCUUUAAUGGCGCGAGGACUGCCAAAGAAGGAACCAAUUAAUGGAGUAAAAGACAUAAUUGUCAUCGCAUCCGGAAAAGGAGGUGUAGGCAAAAGCACAAUCGCAGCUAAUUUCGCUUGCAGCAUGGCGAGACUAGGAAAGCGGGUGGGAUUGCUGGACGGGGAUGUAUUUGGGCCCACUGUUCCUCUUCUAAUGAAUGUCUAUAAUGAGCCAGUUGUAAACGAGAGAAAUCGGAUUAUUCCGUCGCAAAACUAUGAUGUAAAAUGUUUAUCCAUGGGUAUGAUCACACCCGUGGACGGAGCCGUAAUUUGGCGCGGGCCUCUUGUGAUGUCAGCCAUACAACGUCUGUUAAAGGGUGCUGAAUGGGGACUGUUAGAUGUGUUAGUCAUAGAUACUCCACCAGGUACUGGAGAUGUUCAUCUUUCAGUGUUCCAGAAUGCACCUAUCAGUGGUGUUAUUUUGGUAACAACGCCUCACAUUGCUGCCGUACAAGUAACUUUAAAGGGUGCAAAGAUGUACGAAAAGUUCAAUAUUCCAAUUUACGGCGUAGUGGAGAACAUGAGUUAUUCUAUUUGUAAAAACUGUAAUCAACGCGUGGAGCUCUUUAGAGACAGCAUAAUGAAUUCAUUACCUCGUAAACUUAUUUCCCUACCGCUUGACUUACACAUAUCGGAGUGCAACGAGAGUGGUAUACCAAUUGUUAUAAAGUAUCCGGACAGCGAUUACACAAAUUUAUUUCUUCAAUUAGCAAAGGAAAUUUGUGAAAUUCUUGAUAAACAUAACAAUUUGUAAUCCUAUCCAUGUGCGUAUUCUCUAAGGAAGUUUUAUAUAUGCAUACAUACAUAAAUAUAUACUUUUCUCGUUUCA